CUUCACCUCCUUAACAACACAUGGCUUCGAAUGGAGUAAAGAACAUGUCGGGUCUAACGGCAGAGUCUCCAUCCGCCUCUUUGUCCUUUAAACCGUGUGUCCCUCGUUUUAAUGGCUCCGGGACGCGCUGAUCCCGCUAAUCACUCCCCUCCGCUUGUCAAUCCGCGGGGCGCUAACCAGCAGCAGCUCCAGCCCGCUCACACAUUCACGUAUGAGGCCGGCUAGCAGCAACAUGGACGCCGCGGCUAACGGUGGCUCCACUUGUUGGUCCGUGUCUGUGGUGAUGGUGUGUAACCGGGCGGCGGCGGCGCUUUGUUAGCCGUGUAUCCGACUGCUGUGGAUCUAUUUCGGGUGGGGGGAGUGUGGCUUCCCGGAGCGAACCCGUCCAGCGUGUGGAGCAGUGGCCUGCGGACGCCAUUGGUCACCAGCGACUCUGUGGUCAAGCAGGUUUCACGUUCACAGAAGAAAAACACAGACCAUAUCGGUUAAUCGAUUAAUCUGUACUCGUCAGCUCCUCUUAUUCAGACCCUCAGCUGACAGGUGAUGGUUUCAAACCAUACAGCUGCUGAUGUGCACUGGUCUCCACUUUGUUUUCCUUUUACAAUCCAGCUCUAAAGGGAGUCUCCUAAAUUUAUAUUUAAUAUGAGGGAUUUGUUUUUAAAUAACUGUUUUUAAAAUGUAUUGUCUUAAUAUGGUCUUCUCCAUGUAAAGCACAUUGAGCUGCAUUCAAGGCUAUGUGAAUUGUCAUAUAAAUGUUUGUUGUUGUUAUUAUUUUUAUCAAAGACAUUUUCACUGUUGCAGAAGCUCAAACAGUUCUUAAAAAUGUGACAGUAACCUUCUGUCCUGUGGUCUUCAAGCUGCUUGUUGUUUGUUUGCUUUUUUAACUGCUUUCUAUUGUUUGCUUUCAGUUUUUAAACUUGUAGAGCUCCUUGUUACUGGGCUGUUUGAAUACAGUUUAUUAUUGUUACUUUUCGAUCACUUGUGUUCAUUAGUCAAUUUUUUUAAUCUUAAGAGCCAAACAAGCACUCAGGCUACUAUUGUUUGAUUCAUAUCCGCAGGUUGUACAUUAAGGUGUGUUUGGUUUUCUGCAGAAAAAAAUCGUCCCAAACAGACUCGCAGGAAUCAUGGGGAGCGUGUUCCUGCCGGCGACCGCAGCCCACUCCGUGCUGCGGCGGCUGCGCAGGGCCAACUUCAUGCUGGAGGAGAUGAAGCAGGGGGACAUCCAGAGGGAGUGCCGCGAGGAGAUCUGCACCUAUGAGGAGGCCCGGGAAGCUUUCGAGAACGAUGAGAAGACGAGACGGUUUUGGGAGGAGUACGUGCGUGAGAGCAGUCCGUCCGGAGGGCUGGAGACGGUGGUGGGUGGAGUCCACUCUCUCUACCUGAUUGUGCCGCUGAUGCUUGUCGUGUUCGUUAUCGCUGCCGUCGCCAUCACCGUGUGGCGCUGCCACUCCCGCAAGCGCUCGCAGCGCAGCCCCAGCCUGGGACACUCGCAUCACGACCACGUCCUGUCGGUGGUCUCGAUGGACCAUUGGGGGAGGGAUUACCACCAGGGUGACCAGUCAGAACUCAGUAUCCACAGCAGCCCAGCUUAUCCGGGCUCAGAGAUCACAUCAGGCAGAGGAAGCGCCGGAGAUCCGCCGCCAUCGUAUGAGGAGGCUGUUGGCCACACAGACGUCCAGAUAGAGACGGAGCCGCCUCCACAGUACGAGGACAUCGUCACCAACAGCGCUUCUAGUGUCAACGGCCGUGGGAAGUAGACCUGCCUUUCACUACCACCCCAACAAAAGCCCUAACCUACACUAAGACUUCUCUUAUCCUCUAGCAAUGCCACUGUUGUGGCAUCACCAGCCUUCCCCAUUCUACACAAACAGAAACACUAAUGGUCAAUGGAUUAAUGCAAUCUCUGCCAGUGCUGCUGCAGUUUGCACUAACCUUUAUUCAGUGAGGUGAAGUGAUGGCAGGACGGAUCGAGUGAUACUGCAAUACCAAAACCUGGACUGAAGAUCCUGAGGUAUCUAUGCUGUCCCACUGUUGUAAAUUAAUUUAACUCUACAAACAUAACAAAUGUUGCAUGUAGCGUGAAGGGGAAAACAGUGAUAAUUGCCAUAAUGAAGGAGCUGCUCUCAGUGUACUAAGGGAUUGGGCCGAUGCUUUAUUGAAGAUUAGUGCCAAUUAACUGAUUGUUUAAUUUUGACCAAUUUGUUGUGAAAACAAAUACUUACUGCUUCCUCUUGCAGUUGUUUAUAUUGCAAAAUUGUACUUUGCAAGAUCCAGAACCAGUUUUUAAUCUGCACCUCAAUGUCAGUGAAACCCACACUAAUUUA